AACCCCGUUGGACUUGUCAUUUCAUAUUCCUAGCUAGCGCAGUGGUGAGCUUAGCUACCCCGUUGGUUGGACUCGUCGUUUCAUAUCGCUCAACACUUAAACGGUGGCUGCGCGCCAUUGUCCAGCUACGACGGGACGAUGACGGCAGAGAUGGUUAGGGUUCGCGUAGUGUUUGAGGAGGGCCACAUGCUGAGCAAGUCGAAGAAGAAAGAAGGACUGAAGCGCUGCUGGCUCCUCCUUAAACCCCAAUACAAGACCAUCUCCGAUCUCUCCUCUCAUCUCCAAAACGUGUUCAAGCUCCAUCGCACUUGCCCUAACGGCAUCACUCUCUAUAUGGAUGGUUUUGUUUUACCACCUUUUGAGUCGACUAGUAUUUUGAAGGAUAAGGACAUUAUCUGUGUGAAAAGAAAAGGGAGCAUGUUAAUUGAUAAGCCUGAUACACCGAUAUCUGCACCUAAUGAUCAUCAAUCCAUAGAGCUUGCAAAGCUUCUUGCAAUUGAGGGGCCUCAAGAUAAGGAGGCUGGAAGACAUGAAACUGAUUCGGAGGAGGAUGGCAGCGGCCAAUUUGGUGAUACAAUUUAUGCAGAACCUGAAAUAGAUGGCAAUGUAAUCUCAAAGAAGAGAAAAGCAUCAAAGAAGCUCAAGAGCCCGAGUCAGAAAAAGAUGAAGUUGUCUUCGCCAAAUAAGUUGACAGUCACUGAGGUUCAUGAGGAGGAAAAGGAAAAUGGAACCCCCACUCAUAACAAAUUGAGUCUUUCCAAGAAGGAGAAUGACAAGUCAUCUAAUUUAUCUAGCCAGAAAAAGAAGUCUAAAAACCUUAAAUCCCAAAAACAGAGUAAUGACAAAAGUGAGCCUAUGCAUGAGGAGAAAAGGUUACCUCAACCUCAAGGUGAUGGUGGAAGUGGCACUAAGAAGACGCCUAGCAGAAGUGCUCGACGAAAGAAAGCUAAGAGAAAAUGGCUGAGGGAACAACUAAAAUCAGAGAAGGAGAAGCUGCAUCAGAGUCCAGCAGUUGAGAAAGAUGUUCAGAAAUUGCCUGCCAAAAAUAAUAACUGCAGUGUCUCUAAUGCACCACAAUCUGAUGAAGAAAGUGAAGCAGAGGAUGACAUUGUUCCUGUUGAAAUCAGACCAGGGCACAUUCGCUUUCAGUCACUUAAGAAAGAUCAGGAAGCACCACAGAAUCAGAUCCCAGUGAUGUUUCAGGAAACAAGUCAGUGGAAUGGAAUUACCAGCAAGAAGAAGGGUCAGAAAUGGGGUAAAGAGAGCACCUGGCCUCAUAAACAGGAUGCAUAUGCACAUUCCAGCCAAGAUUAUCAUACUGUUCAGAAUGUUGAAAAGAAACAUGCGUCCAAGGCUAUCGAUUUUGACAAGCUUACACCAUAUACAAGCUUGCCCAAGGAAGGUGAUGUCAUUGCAUAUCGAUUAAUUGAAUUGUCAUCAUCUUGGACACCUGAGCUUUCUUCCUUCAGAGUUGGGCGCAUAACAAAGUACAAUGCUAAAUCAAAUAGAGUUUCUCUGGAACCAGUUUCAGAAUAUCCGUUUGAGUUUAAGAAGAAAAUAGAUGACGAUGCAUCUUCUGUACAGUUUGAUCCAUCUCCUUAUGGAGAAGAUGGUUCUCUAGAGAUAGAUUAUUUAUCACUUGCUGAAGUUCGUAUGGUUAGUCAUGGCAACAACUCGAAUUCAUCAGCCAUAGCUGGUUCUAAUAAUGAUUGGGAUCAUCUUACAAAACCAUCUAAUGGUAGCAUUAACAAAAAAUGUUCGGGUGAUCAAACUGCUGUGGGAAGCUCUGAACCGGUGAACAGAGGUCAUACCUCUGCUAAAGAAAAUGGAGCAGUAAAUGUGUGGGAUGAAAUUAACGAGGCAUUAACAGCAAAGAAGGUGAAACUGUCACAGGCAAAUUGCUGGCGCAAAGAAGAAAGUUCAAGCUCACAGUCAUGGUCCCAAAGAGCCUUGAGAUGCAGUGCACUAGGUCCAACAAUGGCGCUGCUAAGAUCCCAGAAUGGACUUAAUUAACAGCCUACAUCUCGGCCGAUUUCUGCGGGGCUGGCGUCGGAUUUCUAUGGAAAUACAUUUUUUUUUUGGUAUAUAUGGACAACUUUUCUACAUUACCAUCUACAACACUGUUGCAUGUCCUGUUUUCUGCAUUAUGAGGGGGAUGAAUUUUGAACACUUAAUCUUUUAAUCCGUCUUUUGGAUGUUAA